UCCUCAGCAGCAGCUGGAGGAGCUGUCAAAACUUCAUCUCCGGCUGCCCUCCGCCCUCCCGGGCCGCCGCCUCCACUUCCCGGCAGGGCGGGGGAAGGGCGCCGGUCCAACAUUACAAGGAAGCAGCGGACUCCUCAGCCGGAGCGCAGCUCUCGAAGGCCGCGUCGCCCUCCCCGCGAGCGCGCCCCAGAGGAGAAGGCGUCGGCCGUGCGCGAGGGCCGUCGCGGGCCCUCGGCGCCCCCUCCCUUACCCUCCCCUCCCCUCCGUCCAAGCCUCUCCGAGGGGUCUAAUUGCGUGUAACUGAGGCGGGCCCUCCUCUCCUCCUCCCCAUGCAGCUACCUGCGCGCUGGUCCGCGGCGGCUGAGGCCAGCAAUGCGAGCCGGAGGUAGAGGAGGCGCAGGAGGCGGUCGUGGUGGCCGAGGACCCGCAGGAGAAGGGGAGCCGCAGCAGCCGCCGCCGCCGCCGUGGCCGUUGGAGCAGGAGGAGCGUCGGGAUUGCCCUCGUCCUCCCGCACUCUCGCCGUCCCCGCUCGCCACCCUCCAUGCUUCUCCCCCGUCCUGCUGACUAGGAUGUCAACCGAGCAGCAGAGCCUGACGACGACGACGACGACGCUCCGCGAGCCGGGGGCUUCCCCCACGGCCGCGGCCGCCGCUACAGACAAAAGACCGAGGGGCCGGCCUCGUAAAGAUGGCGCUUCCCCUUUCCAGAGAGUCAGGAAGAAGCCUCGAAAUAGAGGAAAACCUGCGGUGGAGGAUGAAGACAGUAUGGAUGGAUUGGAGGCAACAGAAACAGAAAACACUGUGGAAGUUGCAGAUACCAGGGAACAAUUUACAGAGGAGGAUGCCCAAAGUGAAGUGGAUGAUGACAAGAAGCCAACCCCAGAUCUCCAGUGCUCAGUCUCUCUGGACUCUGCCAACACCAAUUGUUCGAUUGGGGUUGAAGCAAAAAGCAGCAGUGAACAGGUCUGCGCUUUUUGUUACUGUGGGGAACGCAGCUCAUUAGGACAAGGCGAGCUUAAACAAUUCAGUCCAACUCCAGGGUUUAUUGCUCCAUGGAACAACCAGCCCUUAAAUAUCAAUGAAACUGUUGACAGCAACGAUACCAUUGAUGAGAGUAUUCCAAGGCAGAACCCAGUCCUCCACAAAGCAAGAGGACAAAAAAAAGAACAGAAUAUAACAACUUGUACCUGUAUAAGGAUUGAAGCUACUCCUGAUGAUGAGAUAGUCAAAGUCUGGGAUGAACUUAGGAUGGUUGGCUUACCAGAUGACAUUGAUGUCCAAGCCUUAUUUGAACCAACAGGCUAUUGUUGGGCUCAUCACCGCUGUGCGGAAUGGUCACUGGAAGUUUGCCAGACAGAAGAGCAGCUGCCAGCGAACGUGGACAAAGCUGUUGUCUCAGGGAGCACAAAACGAUGUGCAUACUGCAAGCACCUUGGAGCCACUAUCAAAUGCUGUGAAGAGAAAUGCACCCACAUAUAUCAUUACCCAUGUGCUGCUGGAGCAGGCACAUUUCAGGAUUUUAAUAACUUUACCCUUCUUUGCCCAGAUCACAUUGACCAGGCUCCGCUAAGAUCCAAGGAAGAAGCUAACUGUGCAGUGUGUGACAGCCCUGGUGACUUGUUAGACCAACUUUUUUGUACAACCUGUGGCCAGCAUUACCAUGGAAUGUGCCUGGAUAUACAAGUGACACCUAUCAAAAGGGCAGGUUGGCAGUGCCCUGAUUGUAAAGUGUGCCAGAACUGCAAGCAGUCUGGAGAAGACAACAAAAUGCUUGUUUGUGAUACAUGUGACAAAGGGUAUCAUACUUUUUGUUUACAACCAGUUAUGGAUUCUGUACCAACAAAUGGGUGGAAAUGCAAAAACUGCAGGGUAUGUGCAGAAUGUGGCACACGGAGCAGUAGCCAGUGGCAUCACAACUGCCUUAUGUGUGACAGUUGUUACCGUCAACAAGACAACCUUCCUUGCCCUUUUUGUGAAAAAUCUCCCUAUCCCAACUUGCAAAAAGAAAGGUUGCACUGUCAUAUGUGUAAAAGGUGGAUACACAUAGGAUGUGAUAAGCCUCCUGACAAUGAACUGGAUAUUCAUUUAAAAGAAUAUAUCUGCAGUCUUUGCAAACAUUCAGAUGUAGAUCAAGAACACACACAAAUGUGUGAGAUGAUAGAGACUGAACAAUUUUUGCCUGAAGUUGACACAGAAAUGGAAAACAUAGAUUCAAAAGACAUAAGAAACAAGAAGCCGUUAGUACUUGAAGGUGGCCUUGAUCAAGAAUUGGUGGAUGAGUCUUUUACAGAUUAUAAGGAUACCCUUUCUUUGACAGCACAAGAUCAUAUAUGCCUAUCAUUAGAUGAAAAGAAAUGUGAACUGGAGACCCAGGUCUCCAAUCAUUUUGAUACAGAAGAAGGGGAAACAUCUGUUAAAAAUACUCACGCAUCUGAUAGCAAUCCCUCAGAUAAAAAGAGGGAAACUUCAGAAAAUAUUCCAGAAAUAACCCAGCAAGGAUCAGAUAAACAAGAUGAAGAAACAAAACCAUCGCAGACAAGCACUGAGUUGGAAGUGCCCCAAGAGGAAUGUCAGCUUCUUCAGAUGGAACCAGAGAAUGUAUCCAAGAUAUGUGAAACUUUCAUGUUGGUCGCUAAAGAGCCAGCCUCCAAUCCUAAAGAACAGUCUGAAACAGUGGUUGUUCUAGAAAGUACAACUGGAAGAGGCACUCCCGAAGUGUCACUUCUUCCUCAAAAUGAAAGUUGUGCAACUGAGAGUUGCCAGUUGGCAGACAAACCUUCGGAAUCAUUGCCUGAGACAUUUUCUCCAUGUCCAUCUUCUGCUGAAAUAAGCAAAGCUGUUGAUGUAUCUUCCUUGCCAACAUCUUCACUAGAUCCAAGCGCAUCCCAUGAGAUGUUGCGAUGUCAGAUGUCACCAUUAGAAUCUGCUGCGGUCCUUCCAACCACAUUUGUAUCCCUCACUCCAAAAAUUGGAAUGGGAAAACCUGCUAUCACUAAGAGAAAGUUUUCUCCCGGGAGACCAAGGUCAAGACAGGGUACUUGGAAUAGCCAUAAUACAUCAAGCCCGCCUUCCUGGUUCCAGGACAUUUCAGAAGGUCGAGAAACAUUUAAAUCUAGACAACUACCUAGCAGUGCUAUUUGGAGCAUCAAAGUGGGUCGUGGGUCAGGGUUUCCAGGGAAGCGGAGACCACGAGGCGCAGGACUUUCUGGAAGAGGUGGGCGAGGGAGGUCAAAAUUGAAGAAUGGAAUUGGAUCAAUUCUUGCUGCAGGGGUCACUGAUAUGGAUAGCUCAUCUAACAAAGAUGAAGAAGAAAACUCCAUGCAUAAUACAGUUGUCCUGUUCUCUAGCAGUGACAAGUUUACUUUACAUCAGGAUAUGUGUGUAGUUUGUGGGAGCUUUGGACAAGGUGCAGAAGGCCAAUUACUUGCCUGCUCACAAUGUGGUCAGUGUUAUCAUCCAUACUGUGUGGGUAUUAAGAUUACAAAAGUGGUGCUCCACAAGGGUUGGAGAUGUCUGGAGUGCACUGUUUGUGAAGCUUGUGGAAAGGCUACAGAUCCGGGAAGGUUACUUCUUUGUGAUGACUGUGAUAUCAGCUACCACACUUAUUGCCUUGAUCCCCCAUUACAGACAGUUCCCAAAGGAGGUUGGAAAUGCAAAUGGUGUGUUUGGUGCAGACACUGUGGAGCUACUUCUCCUGGUUUAAGAUGUGAAUGGCAAAAUAAUUACACACAGUGUGCUCCUUGUUCAAGUUUAUCCACCUGCCCAGUCUGCUGUUGCAAUUACAGAGAAGAAGAGCUUAUUAUGCAGUGCAGGCAGUGUGACAGAUGGAUGCACACUGUCUGUCAAAAUUUAAACACCGAAGAAGAAGUGGAAAACACAGCAGAUAAUGGUUUUGAUUGCACCAUGUGUAGACCAUAUAUACUAUCAGCAAAUGUGCCUUCCUUUGAAUUUUGUGAACCAUCCAUUGCAGCCCAAAUUCCAUUAAAAGCAAAGGAACUUGACCCACCGAAGACGUACACUCAGGAUGGUGUCUGCUUGACUGAAACAGGGAUGUCUCAGUUACAGAGCCUCAGUGCUAUUGUACCAAGAAGAAAAAGGGCAAAGCCAAAGCUGAAGUUGAAGAUUAUAAACCAGAAUAGUGUUGCUGUACUUCAAACACCACCUGAUGUCCAAUCAGAACAUUCAAGAGAUGGUGAAAUGGAUGACAAUAGAGAAGGAGACCUUAUGGAUUGUGAAGGAAAAUCAGAUACAAGUCCUGAACGAGAACCUAUAGAUGACGAUCCUAAGGGAAUGGAAGCAACCGAAGGGAUCAAAAAAAGAAAGAGAAAGCCAUACAGACCUGGCAUUGGUGGAUUCAUGGUACGGCAGCGGAGUCGCACAGGACAAGGAAAAAUGAAAAGAGCUCUCUCUAGAAAAGAUUCUUCUGGUUCUGUAUCUGAGCAAAUACUCGGCAGAGAUGAAAAUUGGAAUGAACAACUCCCUGAUACACUUGUUGAUGAAACUAUGUCUGUUUCUGAAAAUAUGGAAAAAAUGAAAAAACGUUACAGAAAAAAGAAAAAUAAGCUUGAGGAAAUUUUUCCAGCAUAUUUGCAGGAAGCUUUCUUUGGAAAAGAACUUUUAGAUACUAGUAGGCAAAGCAAGCCAAGUUUGGAUAAUUUAUGUGAUAAAAGCCUCAGCAUUUCCUGCAAAGCAAGCCUGAGCACCAAUUUCUUAGACCCAUCUUCAGAUCCACUUCUGAGUUCAACUUCUACUUCCACUCCCUCAAAAUCUGGUGCACAAGGUACUCUGGAUGAUCCAUUAGCUGCUCUUGUGCUGAACACUGAGGAUGACAUCCUUGGAAUUCUUUCAGAUGAUUUAGUGAAACCUGGGGAUCAUUCAGGUCUUGAUUUAUGCACUUUCCAGGUUGAGAACUCCUCUUCCCCCUUUGCUGGACUAGAUAUUGGGCCUAUCUCUGAUGAUCCCUCCACCUCGAUGCCUCUGCAGAAUGUCAGCCAGAGUACCCGGCCACUGAGUGAAGAACAGUUAGAUGGGAUCUUGAGCCCAGAAUUGGACAAGAUGGUCACAGAUGGUGCAAUUCUUGGUAAAUUAUAUAAGAUUCCAGAACUGGGAGGAAAAGAUGUGGAAGACUUGUUUACUGCUGUAUUGAGUCCUGCAGCCACUCAGUCAGCUCCUUUGCCACAGCCUCCACAACCACCUCCACAACAGUUAAUGCAUUUGCACAAUCAAGGGGAGAAUGCAUUUUCAAGAGUUCCACUUAUGAAUGGCCUGAUUGGACAAACUCCCCAUCUCCCUCAUACAGCCUUAGUACCUGGAGGUGGAUUAGGAGCUUUCUCAACUAUAACACAGCCUUCCUAUGCUGAUACCAGAGAUAAAAACACAGUAUUUAAUGCAAUGAUUAACGAUCCUAACAAUCCUUGGGUUGCAACUGCAACUCCUUUGGAAGGAGAAAAUGAUACCAUGUCUAAUGCGCAGAGGAGCACUCUGAAAUGGGAAAAAGAGGAAGCACUUGGUGAAAUGGCAACAGUAGCACCUGUUUUAUACACAAAUAUCAAUUUCCCAAACCUAAAAGAAGAGUUUCCAGACUGGACUACCAGAGUCAAGCAGAUUGCCAAGCUAUGGAGAAAGGCAAGCUCUCAAGAAAGAGCUCCAUACGUGCAAAAAGCCAGAGAUAAUAGGGCUGCUUUACGGAUUAACAAAGUACAGAUGUCCAAUGAUUCAAUGAAGAGGCAGCAACAGCAGGAUAACAUUGAUCCUGGAUCUCGUAUUGAAACUGAUCUCUUCAAGGAUCCAUUAAAACAAAGAGAAUCUGAACAUGAGCAAGAAUGGAAAUUUAGGCAGCAAAUGCGUCAAAAGAGUAAACAACAAGCUAAAAUUGAAGCAACUCAGAAACUUGAGCAAGUGAAAAAUGAGCAGCAGCAGCAGCAGCUGCAGCAGCAACAACUAGGAUCACAACAGCUUGUAAACCAGUCAGGCUCAGAUACCCCUAGCAGUGGGAUGCAAAGUCCUUUAACCCCUCAGACUAGCAAUGGAAAUAUGUCUCCUGCACAGCAAGCAUUAUAUGCAAAACAGUUGCCUGGUCCUUCUACAUCUACUUCUGAUGUUUUCCUAAAACCCCAAGCCCCACCUCCACCUGCGACUGCUAAUCGAAUGCCUGCUCAAGAUGGUCAUUGUCAGACUCCAUCACAACAAACAUUCUCUUCUUCCCCCUCUGCUCAGCCACCUUCUCCCAUUGACCCAUAUGCAAAAAUGGUGGGAACUCCCAGGCCACCACCUGUGAACCAAAAUCAAAAAUUUGUCAGGAGAAAUUCUGCUACAUCAGCAGAGGUCUGCCCACUGCCUUCGAUAUCCAGGCCAACUCAAGUUUCUGAAUCAAUGGGAAGGAGGCCAUCACCAGCCAGAGAUUCGUGUUCUUUGUCCCCAGGCACCAAUGAUCCUUAUGCAAAACCUCCAGAUACACCAAGACCUGUAACUGGAACAGAGCAGUUCUCUAAACCUUUGGGGAUAUCAAGAUCACCUUUAAUUUCAGAACAACCGGCAAGCAGUGACCAAUUUGCUAAGCCACCUCCAAGAACAGGAGGGGAUACUUUUCAGAGACCACGUAUCUCUUCUACUGAUUCAUGUUCAAGGCCUUCAUUGACUUCAGCAUCUGUUAUUGAAGGGCAUUCCAACCUGUUUAAAACCCCAGCGUGCCCAAAUCCAUCUUCUCAAGAUUCUUACACAAAAAUGCCACCUACUUUAAGGAGAGUAGCUAUGGAUCCUUACGAAAGGCCUCUUUUGACACCAAGGCCUGUAGACAGUUUUGCACACAAUCCAUCUAGUGAUUCUUACAACCAAUCUCAGUUGGCUUCACACUCAGCAAUAAAGGAUACUUUUGCCCAUCCACAAAGAGUGUUGCGAAAUCAGAGUGAUUAUUCUGGAUCUCUUUCGAGGACAGUUGCUCAGGAUCCAUAUGCCCACCCCCCCAGCACUCCUCGCCCUGUCACAGACCCUUAUGCCCAGCCUCCUGGCACUCCUCGACCUGCUUCAGAUCUUUAUGCCCAGCCUCCUGGCUCCAUUCGACCUGUUUCAGUUGACCCAUAUAUGCAUCAACCACUGGCAUCAAGACCUCCACAGACUGCAGACUUAUUUGCUCAGGUUUCAGCUAAUCAGAGGCAUUCUGAUCUGUAUGCCCAGCCUCCAGGUACACCAAUACCAGUUACUAAUGAUCCAUAUUCUCAGUCACCAGCAACUCAAAGAUCUGGAAUUUCAGAAACUUUCAGUAGACCUAUUACCAUGUCAGAUCGGGAUCCUUAUCUGCAGGCAUCACAGAGCAGGACUUCAUCUGGGACUUUUGUCAAGCCAUCAGAUCCUUCUCAGCCUUCAAAGCUACCAGGGUCUACAGUGACAGAUUCUUUUAGCCAUGAUCCCUCACCUUGUGAUCCUUUUGAUCAGCCUCCAAUGACUCCAAGAUCUCAACCUGAAGCCUUUGGAACAGCUCAGCACCCUCAAGAUGACCAAACUAGAAGUGGGUCAGAGGGAAAUUUCAAUUCCUCUGUAAAUUCAUCCAUGAAUUUGCAGGGAAAACUAUUUUCACAGACUACACAAGGUUCUGUCCCAGGCCCAACUGCAGGACUAACCCAGAACAGCACAGUGUCUCAUACAGAUGGAGAAAAAUUAAGACAGCGCCAGAAGUUACGUGAAAUUAUUCUUCAGCAGCAGCAACAAAAGAAAAACGCAAUCCGUCAAGAAAAAGCCCCAGCAGAGCCUGCUUCAGCAACUCCAACGGCAUCUAUUCAAUCAUGGCAGCAAGAAAAUCUGAAUAAAAUUUUCACCCGACCACCACCUCCGUAUCCUGGCAACAUUAGAUCAUCCACCGUUCGUCCAGGUGGACUACGGCUGGCAGGUUUUCCUGUUGAUGGGCAGUUGAAUAGACCUCAAUUUCCAGGAGAUGCUGUUGGCAUGGGGAUGAGGCCUCAUGCAAUUAGAUUUGGCUUUCCCAGUGGUGGCCAUGGACUUCCACCUUGUCAAGAUCAUUUUCUUGGUCCAUCACAACAAAUGCAACAUGUUGGUGUUGCACCACAGUUUAGAAGAACCAUACCUAUAGAUCUGCCUAGACUGUCUAACCAACCACCAAUGAAUAAUCCCAUUGGUUUGUCACAGCAUUUCCCACCACAAGGUAUCCAGGUUCAACAGCACAACAUAAUGGGGCAGGCAUUCAUUGAGCUUUGUCAUAGAGCACCUGAAGUCAGACCAAGGCUGUCUUUUAUUUCUUCAUCAACUACUAUUGUGAACCCUGUUCCUGAGCAUCAACAACAAACUGAGCUUCUACCUAGACAGAAUUGUCAGGGCCCAAGGCACCUAGAACCCACAAGAUGUAAUUCUCAAAAUUCAGAUAAUCCGUUGCAGAGUUCAACAGGUUUGGAACAUUUAGCACCAUCCCAGCAGGAUAAAAUGAAUCCAGGUCACCCACCUUCGCUAGUCAUGUGUUCCUUAAAUCACCCAUCAAUAAAUAAUGCAUUUUCAGGAGACUCUUUGCCAGCCACAAGACCUGAUGAAACAAAUAACUUACAAGUGCCCAGUCAGCCUACAGAUACCUUAGGAGAGAAACUUGAUCCUGAUGAUCCUUCUGUAAAAGAUUUAGAUGUUAAAGACCUUGAUGGUGUUGAGGUUAAGGAUUUGGUUGAUGAAGAUCUUGAAAAUUUAAACUUAGAUUCAGAAGAUAAAGGUGAUGAAUUGGACACAUUAGAUAAUCUUGAAACUAAUGACCGUCAUCUUGAUGAUCUUCUGAGAUCAGGAGAAUUUGACAUAAUUGCAUAUACUGACCCAGACCAUGAUUUGGGUGACAAAAAGGGUAUGUUUAAUGAAGAGCUGGAUCUUAAUGUGCCUAUAGAUGAUAUACAGGGCAAGGCAGAAGACAAUCUGCAAAAACAUUCAGAUGAUAAAACUUCUGUUCCUGAAGUGUCUGUUCCUCCCCAGAAAAAAGCUACUGAGAACAGAGAGACUAAAACAGAAGUGCUUUCUCCAAUUGAAGAAGCUACUUGUAACCACGAAAAGAUUGACAAGAAUGUGGCAGCUUCUAGUGCUCAGCAUGAUGGAGAAACUAAAUCUGUUUUGCCUUGUCAUGUGGAAGCAACUGAUAAAGCAAGUAUGAAUGAGGAAACCACCGUGUCCAGUUCAGAUGCCAUUCUGUUACCUACUCAAAAUACAACAAAUUCUUCUACUCCUGGAUCUACACCAGUUCUUACAAGCCUACUUACUCAUAGCAAUUCAGAAAACCCUGACACAAGGUUAUUAGAUUCUCCUUCUCACUCUUUCCGGACAACCCAAACAAAUCCCAUUUCCAGUAUUCCACAAACGUUGAUUACAUCCACAAGUCAAAACAUGGAAAAUGUGUUAUCGGAUGUGAACAUGGCUAUACCAGUAGGCCAUAGUUUGUCACAAGGGACUGCGGUAAAUCCAGGCUUUAUCUCUGGCCAGCCCCUCAAUUCCAGUUUGGGGGUAGGGCAGCCUGGAAGUCAAACAGGGCCUGUUGUAAAUAGGCCUGCUCCUGGUGGUAUUCCCGGUUCUCAGCAGCUGGUGCUUUCUCAGGCAUUGGUCCAACAGCAGAAUCGAGAGAGACCUCUGCUUUUGGAAGAGCAGCCUCUGUUGCUGCAAGAUCUUUUGGAUCAAGAAAGACAAGAGCAGCAACAGCAACGGCAGAUGCAAGCCAUGAUUCGCCAGCGGUCUGAGCCAUUUUUCCCUAACAUUGAUUUUGAUGCAAUUACUGAUCCUAUAAUGAAGGCAAAAAUGGUAGCCCUGAAAGGGAUCAAUAAAGUUAUGGCACAAAACAAUAUGGGGAUGCCACCAUUGGUCAUGAACAGAUUUACCUUUAUGGGUCAGACAGGACCUGGAGCCCAGAGCAGUGAAGGCCAGCAUCUAAUACCACAAGCAGUUACACAGGAUGGUAGCUUAACACCUCAGAUGUCUAGACCAAAUCCUCCCAAUUUUGGUCCUGGAUUUGUAAAUGAUUCAUAUAGAAAGCAAUAUGAGGAAUGGCUACAGGAAACCCAGCAGCUUCUCCAAAUGCAGCAGAAGUAUCUCGAAGAGCAGAUUGGAGCACACAGGAAAUCAAAGAAGGCCCUCUCUGCAAAACAGCGCACAGCCAAGAAAGCUGGACGUGAGUUCCCAGAGGAGGAGGCAGAGCAGCUGAAACAUGUCACCGAGCAGCAGAGCAUGGUGCAAAAACAGCUUGAACAGAUACGAAAGCAGCAAAAAGAGCAUGCAGAGCUGAUUGAAGAAUACCGGAUAAAACAGCAGCAGUCUGGAAUGGGACCCCAUUCAGGGAUGCCAGGCCUUGCUUCGCAGCCCCCCAUCAUCCCUGGAGGGUCAUCGCCUGCCAUGGGCCAGCAGAAUUUCCCCAGGAUAUCCCAGCAGCUUCAGCAUCCACAGCACACCGCUGGCCAACCCAACCCACCUAGAAUACCAGGCUUGCCCAGCUGGCAACCUCCAAACACUCCAGUACUUUUCUCCCACAGUGCACCACGGAUGCCACCUCCGAUCCCUCAGCUGCCCGUUAAUCCUGGGACACCUGCUUCAGUGUUAGCCCCCAGCCCCAGUGUGCAGUCGGGCCCCCCACCCCGGGUGGAGUUUGAAGACAACAACCCAUUUAGCGAAAGCUUCCAGGAACGAGAGAGAAAAGAGCGUUUGCGGGAGCAGCAGGAAAGGCAGCGAAUCCAGCUUAUGCAGGAAGUGGAUCGACAGAGAGCACUGCAACAGAGGAUAGAAAUGGAGCAGCAUGGCACAGUGGGCUCCGAAUUAAAUGCUAGAACAUCCUUCCCUCAAAUAUCUUACCUCGGUUCGGACCGACCUUGUGAUUUUAUGAGGCCACCACAGCCUCUUCAGCAGUCUCCCCAGCAACCGCUGCUACCACCACCACCGCCGCAGCAGCAGCAGCAAGGAUCAAUUUUGCAAUCAGGACCCUUAAACUCUCCUCCCACUGCCACUUUUCCACCAUGCAGCGAGCAGCAGCAGGCGGGAUCUUCCCCUUUUUCAUCUGAUCCAGUCCCUGUUCAAGAUGGAAGCUCUGCUUACCAUUCUGCUAAGCAGUCCCACGGAAGUAUUUCUGGAGUCAGCUUUACCCAGUCCUUGCCUAGGCCUCACUUUGCCACUGGUGUUCCUGCAGUUUCUCCAGGAACUAGCAGUGGUCUGGCCGGUGGUCAGGACUCCAGCCUGCCACCUGGAACAAACUUUGCUGGGACAAAUCCAGCAAAUCAGUCUCUGAUUCAACUGUAUUCUGAUAUCAUCCCUGAGGAGAAAGGCAAAAAGAAAAGAACAAGAAAGAAGAAAAAAGAGGAUGACACUGACUCUGUGAAUACACCCUCAACGCCUCAUUCGGAUAUAACUGCUCCUCCAACUCCAGUUAUUGUGGAUGCGGUGUCCGCUCCUGCUCUUAGCACCCCUGGUGAGCUUGCACGCAACUUGGGAGAAACGGAGAAAGAAGAACUGCCAAAUUCAGCAACACCAAGCGCUGCAGAGGGUCCGUCUUCCCUAGAGCUGAAAGCUCAACCCGCUGAAAGCAAUUUGCCACAAAACCAACUCCCCGAACAGUCGAGUCUAAACCCCAAAGGGGACACAACCAAGACUGAUAUUUCUGCAAGCCUUCAAGAAAUUAGACCAGAAAAGGUAGAAGCUGAUCAGUGCUCCAGUCAAGCUGAGUGUAAGACGAAGACUGAAGUUGACCUGGAAGAUGAUAAAGCUGACGUUCAGCUUUCCCCUCCUGCAGAGAAUCUGGCACCACCUGUCAACACAACACCUACAAAAGUGGAGUCAGGGAACGAACUCCUGAAACACCUGCUUAAGAACAAAACAGCCACCGGUCACAUCAGUCAGAAAUCAGAUAACAGCUUCCACUUUCCAGAGAAUGCUGAGGAGAACAAAUUAAUCGAAAAACAGGAAUUGGCUGAAAGCAGCAUGCCAUUAGGGAAUCCAUUGCAAGGCUCAUUAAGUUGUGGUAACAACCAAGUUCAGAGAGCAGAUUUAGGACAUGAAAUGAAGAAACAGAGGAACAAGCGAACUCAGAGAACAGGUGAAAAAGCAACAUCUCGCCCUAAAAGGAAAAAAAAAGAGGAAGAAGAAAAACAGACUGUUUUUCCUAGCACAGAAACUUUCAUGCAGUUGAAACAGCAACUCUCCUUGCUGCCUUUAAUGGAGCCAAUGAUUGGAGCGAGCUUCACCCACUUUCUCCCGUAUGGUAGCAGCCAUCAAAGUAGUGGAAGUCGACUUGUGGGAGCUUUUGGCAGUGCUACGCUUGAUGGGGUAUCUGAUUACUAUUCUCAGCUAAUCUACAAGCAAAAUAAUCUCAGUAACCCACCCACACCUCCAGCAUCCCUUCCUCCUACACCUCCACCUGUGACUUGCCAAAAAAUUGUUAAUGGAUUUGCAAUGACUGAAGAACUUGGUACCAAAGCUGGAAUGUUGGGAGGAUCUGAUGCUUUAGGUUCAAAGCAGUUUCAGCUGCCUUUCAGGCCACAGGAUGAUUUGUUAGCCAGGGCCAUAAUUCAGGGUCCUAAGAGUGUGGAUGUCCCUGCUUCUCUUCCAACCCCGCCUCAUAACAAUCAUGAAGAGCUCAGGAUUCAGGAUCCUUGUGAGGAUAGAGAAAGUCCAGAUAGCUUUGUUCCUUCUUCUUCUCCUGAGAGCAUCAUGGGCAUGGAAAUAAGUAGGUAUCCAGAUCUGUCAGAAGUAAAAGAAGAGAUGCCACAGUCCGUUUCGUCUCCUGUCAUUCCAAUUCUGCCAGCCAGUGCUGGAAAGGGUUCAGAAGCAAAGCAACAUUUCAUCAAAAUGGAGCCUUGUUCAACUUUCUUCAGUUCUCAGCUUGGACUUGCCCCAAAUAACACAGAAUCCGGGCUUGUGUCCAUUGCCAUUACUUUGCAUCCUACAGCUGCAGAGAAUAUUGGUAGUGUGGUGGCUGCGUUUUCCAAUCUUCUACAUGUCAGAAUUCCAAACAGCUAUGAAAUUAGCACUGCAUCGGAUGUUCCGUCAUCCAUCGGAAUAAUGAAUCCACACAGAACAAACCCAGCAUUUGAGUACAGACAACAUGUGCUGUUUCAUGGUCCUCAGCCAGGGACCUUCGGCCCUCCUGGACUAACGGGGCCUUAUGGACUCAAGCCACACAAUGCCCCAUUUUUAUCAAGCGGAAAUGUUUUGGCAGGCUAUAAAGCACAAAGUCCAAAUGUUGUCGAUGGUUCGGCAUUAAGGUCACAGUGGUGUUCUCAUUGUAAAGUGGUAGUACUGGGCAGCGGAGUACGAAAACCUUUCAAAGAACUGCAUUUCCUGAAACAGGUACAGAAGGAUGAGAAUGUCCAUUCUGAGCUCAGAAAAUUUUACACACCCGAGGAUUCCAAGGAGAAGUCUGAUAGAAUAGAGAAAGACAUUGUCUUUUGUAGUAACAAUUGCUUAGUUCUUUAUUCAGCAUCCAUGCAAGCAAAACAUUCAGAAAGCAAGGAAUCCGCCCCUCCUGAAAUCCAAUUUCCAAUGAAAGAACCUCCAAAAGGUUUCCACCAAUAUAGUACGAACAUCUCCACAUUUGACGUUCACUGCCUCCCUCAACUGCAGGAAAAAAAUUCUCCCCCCUCAUCACCCCUUAUUAUUUUUCCUCCUGCCUUUGAAGCAGCCAAAGUGGAGCCCAAACCAGAAGAACUUAAGGUAACCGUGAAAUUGAAGCCCCGCUUAAGAACUGUUCCCAAUGGCCUUGAUGACUGUCAACCAGUGAACAAGAAAUGGAAAGGAAUGAAAUGGAAAAAAUGGAACGUACAGAUUGUGAUUCCUAAAGGAACGUUCAAACCUUCCUGUGAGGAGGAGAUAGAUGAGCUUCUCAAGAAACUGGACACAACCCUUAAACCUGAUCCUAUCCUGAAAGACUACCGGAAAUGCUGCUUCUGCCAUGAAGAGGGUGAUGGGCUAACGGAUGGACCGGCCAGGCUUCUGAAUCUGGAUUUAGACCUCUGGGUUCAUUUGAACUGUGCUCUUUGGUCUACUGAGGUCUAUGAGACACAAGCUGGUGCCUUAAUCAAUGUUGAACUAGCUCUGCGAAGGGGCUUGCAGAUGAAAUGCGUGUUCUGCCACAAGAUGGGUGCUACCAGCGGCUGCCACAGGUUAAGGUGCACCAAUGUUUAUCACUUCACCUGUGCCAUUAAAGCACAAUGCAUGUUUUUCAAAGACAAAACUAUGCUUUGCCCAAUGCACAAACCGAAGAGCACUCAUGAGCAAGAGCUCAGUUAUUUUGCGGUCUUCAGGCGAGUCUAUGUCCAGCGUGAUGAAGUCCGACAGAUCGCUAGCAUCGUACAAAGGGGAGACCGUGAGCACACCUUCCGGGUGGGGAGCCUGAUCUUCCACAGUAUCGGUCAGCUGCUGCCCCACCAGAUGGUUACCUUCCACUCUUCAAAAGUGCUCUACCCAGUGGGGUUUGAGGCCAGCCGGUUGUAUUGGAGCAUACGGUACACCAACCGCCGCUCCCGCUACCUGUGUUCCAUUGAAGAGAAGGAUGGCUUCCCCCUGUUUGUGAUCAGGGUGAUUGAGCAAGGACAUGAGGAUAUGGUGCUGACUGGCCUGACUCCAGAAGAUGUUUGGGAUAAAAUCCUUGAGCCCAUUGCAUCUAUACGGAAGACCUCCAAAAUGCUCCAGUUAUUCCCUGCUUAUCUCAAGGGCGAAGAUCUUUUUGGCCUGACUGUCUCUGCAGUGGCUCGAAUAGCUGAAUCACUUCCCGGGGUUGAGGCCUGUGAGCGUUACACCUUCCGUUAUGGCCGAAACCCCCUCAUGGAGCUGCCUCUCGCCAUCAACCCCACUGGCUGCGCUCGUUCUGAGCCCAAAAUGAGCAGCCACGUCAAGAGGUUUGUGUUAAGGCCUCAUACCUUGAAUAGCACCAGCACUUCAAAGUCAUUUCAGAGCACAGUUACAGGAGAACUAAAUGCACCUUACAGUAAACAGUUUGUCCAUUCAAAGUCUUCUCAGUAUCGGAAGAUGAAGACCGAAUGGAAGUCCAACGUCU